AUUGGCUUUUUCUUUCUUAGGUUACUGAAGAUAUUGCUAAAACCCGCUACUCUGUUGCUGGAGUAGGUCUGAUAUCUCCUCCACCUCACCAUGAUAUCUACAGCAUUGAAGACUUGGCUGAACUCAUUUAUGAUCUUAAAUGUGCUAAUCCAAAUGCCCGAAUCUCUGUCAAGCUGGUGUCUGAAGUUGGUGUUGGUGUGGUAGCCUCUGGAGUGGCAAAGGGUAAAGCUGAGCACAUAACCAUCUCUGGUCACGAUGGCGGUACUGGAGCCAGCAGCUGGACAGGUAUCAAAAGUGCAGGUCUUCCUUGGGAACUUGGCAUAUCAGAGACUCACCAGACUCUCGUCCUGAAUAAUCUGAGGUCUCGGGUUGUUCUACAGGCUGAUGGACAGAUUCGCUGUGGGAUGGAUGUUGUGAUUGCCGGUAUGUUGGGUGCUGACGAGUUUGGCUUCAGCACUGCACCACUUAUUGUUAUGGGCUGUACCAUGAUGAGGAAAUGUCACAUGAACACUUGUCCAGUUGGCAUUGCUACUCAGGACCCUGAACUGAGGAAGAAAUUUGAGGGCAAACCAGAGCAUGUGGUUAAUUAUUUAUUCAUGUUAGCUGAAGAGGUCCGUGAACUGAUGGCUUCAUUGGGUGUUCGUAAGUUCCAAGAGUUGGUGGGUCGCACUGACCUACUUCGUGUUCGUGAUUCCUGUUCUCCAAAAGUGAAACUUCUGGAUUUGUCUCAGAUACUUAAGAAUGCACUACACAUGAGACCUGGAGUGAAUAUUAUUGGAGGAUCUGUCAGACAGGAAUUUGGACUGGAAUCUCAUCUUGAUCAUCAGAUUUGAAGGAAGCAGAACCUGUACUAAAUGGUUCUCUUGACACGGUAACAAUUAACA